ACGUGACCCACGCUAACCGCCAUCUUUCCUUAUCGUAUAAACAGUGCGACCGGGCGCAGCGCGAAUUCUCGCCGUGGAAUCGUGGAUUUCCCAGUGUUUUUGAGUGAUUCACACGUGAAGAGAUGUCUGACGCAAAGACGGAGACCAAGAGCGACAACAACAUCGAGGAUGCGUCCAAGGAACAGUCGACGGAGGAGAAACCGACUCCGACGAAAAACAAACGAAGCGGCACCAAGAGGCUCUCCACUCUCGAAAGGACCGCUCAGGAAGGCGAGGCAAUCUUAAAGGGCAUGAACAAAUCUGCAGUCGGUGAAGUAGAAGGUAGGAGACGCACUCGCAGUUCAGCCAGAGGCCUAACUUCUACAACGCCAGUGCCAUCGCCACCCAAGAAGGAAAAGAGGGAACCAUCGACGCGGGGUGGUGGUGGUGGUCGUGGACGUGGACGGCCCAAGAGGCAGGAAAAGAACAAUGAGAACAACACAGACGAUGAAACAUCCAACAACAAAAGCGAAAAACACACGGAAGAGGAGUCUGCAAAGAUGGAAGUAGACGAAGAGAAAGAAGAGAAGGAGGAAAGUAAGACGAUACAGAACGAAGACAAAAACGCGGAGGGUGUGGACAGUAAAGACAGUAAAGACGUUGAGAAAGUGACGGAUGCCAAUUCCAAGGACGAAAAAGUGACGGAGGAGUCGGAGAAUGUGGUGGACGAAGCUAAAAGUACCGCUCCCAGUGAAGAAAAGAAGCAGGAGGAAAUGAAGGACAGCUCGGAUUCGAGUCAAGACGCAACCGACACAGCAGCAGAAGCGCCGCCUUUAUCCUCGUCAGAGUCCCAAAAUCCUUCCAACACUGUUACUACUGAGGAAAAUAAGGAAUAACCUCCCUUCGCCUGUUUUACCACUACUUUUAUGAGGUACCAAGGCGGCGCACAUAUUGGGGUCACACAAAUCCAGUCCCCCCUCGUCUAUUUUAACUAAUUAACACCUUCUUGUCGAUCGUUGUUUCAACCAGCGCAAACUUUUUUGUUAGGAUACAGUUUUUAUUUUAUCAUUAUCCUUAUGAUAACGUGACUUUCCAGAAAAACAUAACAAAAAUGUAGAAUCUGCUACGCUAGUACGAAUUAGCGUUAAGAGACACUUUUUUCUCUGCCUAUGUUAUAUACUA